AUGACAAUCAAGGUUUCAUACCAUCACAAUGCAGAAGCUGAGAACCAUCACUUCGGAACCGCCCAUCCCAUGAAGCCAUGGAGAUUGACUUUGACAAACCAACUGGUGCUCGGAUAUGGGCUACAAAAAUACAUGGACAAUUACUCUACCCGUCCCGCGGCGGAAGACGAACUGCGGGAGUUUCAUGGUUCUGACUAUCUUGAUUUUCUCAAACGCGUCACCCCCGAAAACACCGAAAAGUUCUCCGCCGACCUCGCAAAAUUCAACAUCGGCGACGACUGCCCCAUCUUCGACGGCAUCUGGGACUACUGCACGCUCUACGCCGGCGCCUCUCUCGACGCCGCAAAAAAACUCAUCAACGGCCAGUCCGACAUCGCCAUAAACUGGUCCGGCGGCCUGCACCACGCCAAAAAGUCCGAAGCCUCCGGCUUCUGCUACGUCAACGACAUUGUGCUCGCGAUCCUCCAGCUGCUGCGCGUGCACCCGAGAGUGCUCUAUAUCGACAUUGACGUGCACCACGGCGAUGGCGUCGAGCAGGCCUUCUUCUCGACGGAUAGGGUCAUGACGCUCUCGUUCCACAAGUAUGACAAGGACAACUUCUUCCCGGGGACGGGGAACUGGGACGAUGUGGGUGGUGGGCCCGGGAAGCACUAUGCGCUGAAUGUGCCGCUGAAGGAUGGGAUAGAUGACGACUCGUACAUUCGGCUGUUCAAGGGGAUCGUGGGCCCAGUGGUCGAGACUUAUCGCCCGAGUAGCAUAGUGUUGCAGUGUGGAGCGGAUUCGCUGGGGUGCGACAGGUUGGGCUGCUUCAAUCUCAAUAUCAAGGCCCACGGGGCGUGUGUGGACUUUGUGAAGAAGCUGGAUCUGCCAUUACUCGUUCUGGGCGGCGGUGGUUAUACGCCAAGGAAUGUUUCAAGGCUUUGGACAUACGAGACUGCAAUAUGCCUAGACAUUUCCGUAGAAGACGAGCUCCCCGCGCGGACACCAUACAGGGAGUACUUUGGGCCAGACUACAAGCUCCACCCGACGCUCAGCAAAGAGGGCAGGUACGAGAACAAAAACACAAAGAAGUAUCUCGAGAGCAUGAAGAUCAAGAUACUGGACCAGCUGCGGUAUAUACAGCACGCGCCGAGCGUGCAGCUACAGGAGAUACCGCCGGACUUGGAUAACGUUCGCAGUGAUCUUAUUAAACAGGAGGAGAGAUAA